AUGUCAUUUCCCCGGAAACAGCAGCCGUUAGAUCAUCAGUAUACACAGAAUCAACCAGGUAGCCAAAUUGGAGUUGGGGUGACUGGGGCACCAUUCUCCACCAGCACACCCGCGGCCAACAAUAAUCCAACCAACCCAUUAGUAGGAACACAGGGAAAUCCCAAACGAGGAACCAGUUUAGGAUUUGGAGGUGUGAAUAAUCACAAAAACCCAGCUAAUAAUAGUUACACGCCUGACGACUUACUUGAAGAACAAAAGAAUGAAAUUAGAGAAGCGUUUCUGAUUUUCGAUAUGAAUGCUGAUGGAUGUUUGGAUUUCCAUGAGACGAAAGUUGCUUUUAAAGCACUUGGAUUUGAAUUGAGUAAACGGGAAGUAUUGAAUCUCAUACAUGAAUAUGAUACUGAUGGAACUAAUUUACUUACAUAUGACAAUUUUUAUCAAAGUGUUGGAGAAAUGAUAUUGAAUAGGGAUCCAUUAGAAGAAAUUCGUCGUGCGUUUAAAUUAUUUGAUGAAGAUAAAACUGGAAAGAUAAGUUUAAGGAAUUUAAGAAAGAUAUCUAAAGAUUUAGGAGAGAAUUUGACUGAAGAAGAAUUAAGAGCUAUGAUUGAUGAAUUUGAUUUGGAUGAAGAUGGAGAGAUUAACGAGGAAGAGUUUAUUAGAAUCUGUACUGAAUAG